CAGGGUCGGCUUGUGGUCUCGUUGCUUUAUUUCUCCUCUCCAUCCCACCACCCUCCCUCAAAGCUUUUUAAACCCAUUCUCUCUCCCAACCUCUCAAUUACUACACCACCAAUAUCCGAAGACAACGUCUCCACCCCAUCCAUCAACAUGCCUAUUCCAGUUCCGCAGUCCGAUAGUCUGAAGGACCUCUUGAGCCUUAAGGGCAAGGUCGUGGUUGUCACCGGUGCCUCGGGCCCCCGUGGCAUGGGCAUUGAGGCCGCUCGUGGCUGCGCCGAGAUGGGCGCCGACCUGGCCAUCACCUACUCGUCCCGACCAGAGGGCGGCGAAAAGAAUGCCAAGGAGCUGCAGGAGAAGUACGGUGUCAAGGUCAAGGCCUACAAGUGUGACGUGGGCAGCUGGGAGAGCGUCCAGGACUUGGUCAAGAACGUCAUCAAGGAAUUCGGCAAGAUCGAUGCUUUCAUCGCCAACGCCGGUCGUACUGCCAGCAGCGGCAUUCUCGACGGCGCCGUGAAGGACUGGGAAGAGGUCAUUCAAACCGAUUUGACGGGUACCUUCCACUGUGCCAAGGCUGUCGGUGCUCACUUCAAGGAGCGUGGCACGGGUAGCUUCGUCAUCACAUCCUCCAUGUCUGGCCACAUCGCCAACUUCCCCCAGGAGCAGACCUCCUACAACGUCGCCAAGGCCGGCUGUAUCCACAUGGCUCGGUCGCUUGCUAACGAGUGGCGCGACUUUGCCCGUGUGAACAGCAUUUCCCCCGGAUACAUUGACACCGGUCUGUCCGACUUCGUCGACAAGCAGACUCAGGACUUGUGGCUCUCGAUGAUUCCCAUGGGCCGCAAUGGUCAGGCCAAGGAGCUGAAGGGUGCUUACGUCUACCUGGUCAGCGAUGCUAGCACCUACAUGACCGGCAAUGAUUUGCUCAUUGACGGCGGAUACUGCGUGCGGUAAAUGCGUCCUGUACAUAAUGAUUUCUUGCGAAGGGAUAACUUCAUGGUUACGUUUAAUCUGAUCCGGGAGACCUCGAUGGUCCUUACCCGCUAACGAAUUAAGAGACAAUUGAAUGAAAAAGUUCGGUAUG